ACAGCCAGUCGAGCAGCACGUGGUCUCAACAUGGCGUCCCGCGCUGAAAGGAUGGCAAAUGUUUCAAAGGACUCCAGCAGCAGCAGCAGCAGCAGCGAGGACGAAGAGCUGAGCAGAUGUCGGGAGGCAGUGUGGGAGAACCAGACUAAAAAGGCCGGAGGUGGGGAGGACGGCGUUAAACAGGAGUCUAAACGCGUUGUCGUGGCUGACCAUGACCACGAUGGAAACGAGCUCCAGGUCACCCCGGGGUUUCGGAAACAUGUCGCCAAGAAGCUGGAGCGUCUUCUGGACAGUUGCAUUUCAGAGACGAUGCCCGUGGCCUCAAAAUGUCUGGAACCGAAAUGUGCGGAGGAUGAUGAUGAUGAGGGAUUUCACCUGUUUUCUACAUCUGUCCCAGGGCAGGAAGCUGCUAAGCCUCCGUCACCUGCCAGGUGCCGUCCUGCUCCCAGCUCAAGCGACAGCGACAGUGAAAUGGAAACACGGCUGAGGGAGGCAGCGGUUUCCAUCAGUGACCUGUUACCUCCAUCCACGCACUCAUCUUCCUCAAGAGAGCCUCCUGGCUCGGAGGUCGGAGCAAAAAGGAAGGACGAGGAAGAGGAGCAUUAUGUUGUUAAGAAGAAGAAGAAGAAGAAGAAACAAACUAAAGAGGAUAAGCAUCAGGACUCUGUUCGCUCUGCUCAUUGUCAAAGCAAUGGUGAGCAGGAACUCUCUGUAGUCGACACAAAACGGAAAAAGAAAAAUGAGCACAAAAACAAAAUCAAGAAACAGAAGCUUUGAACAGAGUUUUUUUCUUUCUUUUUUUUUUAAUGUGUUUAAACAUUGCGGCGAUCCGUGCUUUGUGAUCAAACGGUGCAGAAUGCUCCUCAAAGGUUUUCAGAUAACACAGGCGCCUCAGGCGUUUAUGAGGCAACUUUACAUCCAUUGUUCAAGGUUAUGUUUUAAAAAAAAAAAUUCUCACAAAGUGAAAAAAGCAUUCAAAGCAGAAAGCGACUUAAAAACAAUGCGAGUAACAUCCGGUUGCCAAGUUUCAUUUGAAGUUGCAAAUUUGUCAGAAUAGCAAAAUAUUUGAAUAAAAAUACAUUUUGAUGUUGA